AUGGACCUUGUGACAGCUGGCAUCGGCCCCGCUGCCUCGGCCGCCGACCUUGAUGUGGAGGCGCAGGGCAUGGACGAGCUGCUCAGGCUGGCUUCUGGGGACUCUGAGCUCUGGUCUCUCAUGCAGGACCUGAGUGACUCCCUGUCAGACAAUGAGGACUCCCCCGCCUCAGCCCCACCUGCUGGAGCCACCGCUGCUAGCCCUGCCGCUGCGGACGCCCCGCAGGACUCGCGCUCAUCGGCGGUCCAUGCUUGCGACAUCAGCAGCGGCGGCAGCGCCAACACGCUGGAGCAGGCGUGCCCCACCCCCGCCACCGCCGCCGCCACCGCCGCUGGCCCGGCCGCCCUCGCCGCCGACGCCUGGUGCCUGAUGGCGGUGAAUGAUUCCAACCUCAACACGUGGCCCCAGCCAGCCGCACCUGCGCUGACCCACGAAAUGCUGCUCGCGGCCUCCCAGAGCUUUGGGCCAGCGGAGCUCCUGGCCCCUGGCGCGCCAGCGGCGCAUCCUUUCCAGGCUGCCGGCUGGGCCCCGCCGCCGCAGUGGCAGCAGCCGCAGCAGCCGGGCCAGGCACAGCUGGGGCAGUCCCAGCAGGUGGGGCCGCUGCAGCAGUGGCAGGCCGAGCAGAGCGCCGGGCAGCCUGCCGUGAGGUUGCUGUCACACACCACCAACGCCACCCCCGGUCCGUGUGGCCCACAAGAUGCAUCGGCGCUGCAGCGGCAGCGCAGCGAGGCGCUCGCUGCAGCGCUGCACGGCUCCCGCGCGCUGCUGCCGGCCCUGCGCUCGGCAAUGGCUGCGCGGCAGCGGCGCGGCGGCGGCGGCGCUGCGGCGGUGCCGCGCCGCAGCUCUGCGGGCGAGCCGGCGUCAGCGGCGCAGGCUCCCGGCGCGCCUCAGCAGCUGCCGCUGCCGAACAUCAAGACGAUUGCGCAGCAGUGCACCGCCUUUCCUCCGGCCGCAGCGGCCGUGGCUAUGCCCGCGACUGCCGCCGCGGCAGCCGCCGAGCUCGCAGCAUUCGCCGAGCAGCUGCGCGCGUCUCUGCCGGGAGACGGCGCCGCAUCAGCACCCCCGACGCACCACCCUUGGGCGCCUACCAGCUGUGACCACUCUGCGCUUGCCUCGCAGCAGGACACCUGGGCCCCAACACCGUCACCGUCGCCCGUGUCAGUGCCGGGCGCGAUGCCGCUGUCGGGCCACCCGCUGCAGACCCACUGUCCGGGUCGCGCUGAAAGCCUGCCAAACCUCGGCUACCACGACUCCAUAUUUGACAGCGUGCCUACGGCUGUGGCAUCAGGCCCUAUGCUUGACAAUGUUAGCCAGCCGCUGCUGCUGCGGCUGCCCGGGGCUUCCAGCUGGCAGCAGGACAGCCGGGGCCCCCAGAGCAGGCAGCAGCACGGAGGCAACCCGCCGCACGCAGCAGCGGGAGAGUGGGCGCCAUCCCAUUCGUUCAGCCAGGAGCGCCCCGCUCGGCCGCUUCAAGACCUACCCCGCCUGCAGGCGCAGGAGCAGCUGCUGGUGUGGAGCGCCGGCGUCGCCCUGCCACCGCCGCCACGGCGCGCACCCCCUGCGGGCCCUGCGACGGCCGGCCGCGGCAAAAGGCGAAGCCUGGAGCCGGAGGAGGCCGUGGCCAGCGCCUCAGCCAAGUGCAGUGCUCGCAGCCAGGGCGCAGCCCGCCGCGGCAGCACCCGCGGCGGGUCCGAGGCCCCAGCCACCAAAGAGCAGCGCCGCAAGGCGCCACGCGUUACGAUUGUCAGCGGCAGCGGCGGCGCGGCGGACGCAGGGGUGCCGGGGCCGCGGCAGGGCGCCCCAUGGGCUGCGGCGGAGGCACCAUCAAUGGGCCGCCUGCUGAUGGCCUCUGGUUGGGCGCCCAACCGCAGCCCCACCAGGCCCCGGGGCGGCUCCGCGCCGCCAUGCGCUGUGCUUGAGCUUCAGGGCAGCCUGGGCAGGUCGGGCAUUGAAGCAGCCUUGUUGUGUGGAAGCAGCCUGUGA